AGCGGACGCAGAACGCUCCGGGCCUCUCCUUCCUCUCCGCUCCCCUCCGCCGCGGCGCCUCCCACCACCACCGGAGAAGCAAGCGCGCAUGGCGGAUCAGCUCACCGACGACCAGAUCGCCGAGUUCAAGGAGGCCUUCAGCCUCUUCGACAAGGACGGGGAUGGUUGCAUCACAACCAAGGAGCUGGGAACUGUCAUGCGUUCACUCGGGCAGAACCCAACAGAGGCUGAGCUCCAGGACAUGAUCAAUGAGGUCGAUGCUGAUGGCAAUGGCACCAUUGAUUUUCCAGAGUUUCUCAACCUUAUGGCUCGCAAGAUGAAGGACACUGACUCAGAGGAAGAGCUCAAGGAGGCCUUCCGGGUAUUUGACAAGGACCAAAAUGGCUUCAUCUCUGCCGCCGAGCUCCGCCAUGUCAUGACAAAUCUUGGUGAGAAGCUAACUGAUGAGGAGGUGGACGAGAUGAUCCGUGAGGCUGAUGUUGAUGGUGAUGGUCAGAUCAACUAUGAGGAGUUUGUCAAGGUUAUGAUGGCCAAGCAUGCUCUGCUUGGGCCUUUGGAGAUGGAGCAGGACAAGAAAGCUAAGGUGCUGUGCCUGCAUGGCUUCCGGACAAGCGGGAGUUUCUUGAAGAAGCAGAUCAGCAAAUGGCACCCAUCAAUUUUCCAGCAAUUUGACAUGGUAUUCCCUGAUGGCAUCUUCCCAGCUGGUGGGAAGUCGGAGAUAGAGGGCAUAUUUCCACCACCGUACUUUGAGUGGUUCCAGUUCAACAAGGAAUUCACUGAAUACACAAAUCUGGAUGAGUGCAUUUCAUAUCUAUGCGAUUACAUGGUGAAAAAUGGACCUUUUGACGGCCUGCUUGGAUUCUCUCAGGGAGCAACACUUUCAGCCCUUCUGAUAGGCUACCAAGCACAGGGCAAGGUGUUGAGUGAUCAUCCACCAAUUAAAUUCAUGGUCUCAAUAUCUGGGAGCAAGUUCCGGGACCCAAGCAUCUGCAAUGUUGCUUACAAGGACCCGAUCAGCGUGAAAUCAGUGCAUUUUAUUGGAGAAAGGGACUGGCUCAAAGUACCCUCUGAGGAGCUGGCUUCUGCCUUUGAUGACCCUCUCAUCAUAAGGCAUCCCCAGGGCCACACUGUCCCUAGGCUUGAUGAUGCGUCUGUGAAGCAGCUUUCUGAAUGGAGUUCAAGCAUCCUGGAAGACCUCACGAAUGCAGACGGUCCCAAGGCCUUAGAUUCAGAGAAAUCAUCUGAUAAGGAAAAUACUGGUGCUGAACCAGCAGAAAGGCUGGUGAAACAAGUUGCUGCUUGAGUAUGCUCGCCGCAUCAUGGUCUUAAUACAAAGAGAUACGCAUUUCUCCUGUGUUUUCUAGAAGAAAAAAAAGUACACCCGCUGUAUGGUUGUGGUUGCUGGCACUUUAUCCAGAACCAGAGUAGCUCAUGGAACUUGUUUGUCCACAUGUGCAUCCUAUCGGCAAAAAGAAUAAUUCAUCCUCUGAAGUUACAAUUGAAACAAAUGGAUUUAGACAUUCAGUGUAA